CUAGUUUUUGCAACGGCUAAGGGCCUGUGGGUUUAUUAUAAGGCGGAGCUCGGCUGGAGAGGUGCGGGCCAGAUCCCAUCCGAGCGCAGAGGAAUCUGGCAGUAGAGAGCGAACUCCAGCGGGGUACCGUAACGCCCUCGCUUAGGACAGCAGAGCGCUGGGCAGGCGCCCGAGGGAGCAUCGCGCAGAGCAACCGGCGGAGCCGGCCUCAGCCCCGACCAGCGCAGCCAGCCGAGCUCCAGCCGCCGGUUCAGCCAGCAUGAGGCGCGCGGCGCUCUGGCUCUGGGUUUGCGCGCUGGCGCUGCGCCUGCAGCCAGCCCUCCCGCAAAUUAUGGCCACAAAUGUGCCCCCUGAAGAUCAGGAUGGUUCUGGAGAUGACUCUGACAACUUUUCUGGCUCAGGUGCAGGUGCUUCUCAAGAUAUCACCUUAACGCAGCAGACCCCCUCCACCGGGAAAGACAUGUGGCUCCUGACAACCACAUCGACAGCUCCAGAGCCCACUGGCUUGGAGCCCAUAGCAACCUCCACCUCCAUCCUGCUGCCUGGAGUGGGGCCCGAGGAGAAAGAGGCUAUAGUCCUGGCAGAAGCAGAGCCUGGCCUCACUGGCCAGGAGCAGGAGGCCACCCUCCCACCCAAGGAGACCACGCAGUUCUCAACCACCCAUCGGGCCACAACAGCCAGAGCCACCACAGCCCAGGCACCUGUCACCUCCCACUUCCAUAGGGAAAUGCAGCCUGACCACCACGAGACCUCAGCUUCUGCAGGACCUGGCCAAGCGGACCCUUACAUUCCCAGUGUAGAGGACAGAGGUCGUUCUGCCACUGAGAGGGCUCCUGAGGAUGGAGUUUCCAGUCAGUUCCCAGGGGGAGAGGGCUCAGGGGAGCAGGACUUCACCUUUGAAACUUCUGCAGAGAACACAGCUGUGGUGACUGAGAAGGCUGUGGAACCUGACCACAGGAAUCAGUUCCCAGAGAAGGAAGGGGCCACGGGGGCCUCUCAGAGUCUCCUGGACAGGAAGGAGGUACUGGGAGGGGUCAUUGCUGGAGGCCUGGUGGGGCUUAUCUUCGCUGUGUGCCUGGUGGGCUUUGUCCUAUACCGCAUGAAGAAGAAGGAUGAGGGCAGCUACUCCCUGGAGGAGCCAAAGCAAGCCAACGGCGGUGCCUACCAGAAGCCCACCAAGCAGGAGGAGUUCUACGCCUGACAGGGGCACCGUCCUCCCCCUCUCCCACCACUCACUAGGCCCCCACUUUUCUCUUCUGUGAAGAACUGCAGGCCCUGGCCCCCUGCUGCCACGCCACCUUCCCAGCACUCCGGCCCGCCGGCUGCUCUCUGCCCACGGAGUCCUGGGGUGCACGGGGAGCUCCACUCUGCUUCUCUGACUUCUGCCUGCAGACUUGGGGCACAGAGGGUUUCUUGCAUAUGAUCUUGCUACCAUAGCUGGCGCCUGGCGUCAUACUGUUCUGACUUGGUUUCCCCUAAGUGGAGCAGCUCCUCCCCAGGCCCAGCUCUGGAGAGAAAGGGGACCCAACUGAGUUGGAUCUGGAUGGCCCUCUGUGGGUGGCGGCUUUGGGCUAAUACAUCUAGAGCACUUACUGGUAGAUCCAACAGUCUGGGGGGUCUUUGACCACUGAGUGGCUGGAGAGGGCAGUUCAGGGCUUCUUCAGAGUUCAUGCUGUUUCAUGGGGAAGUUGAAUUUAGGUAUCAAUUUGGUUUUGCACAUGUUCCCUCUGGUUUCUUUGUUCAUAGCCCCAGUAGACCUUUGUUACUUCUGAGGUAAGUUGACUUGGUAUCCCCCUUCUUGCUUCCCUAAUCUAUAGUCCGGAGACAGCAUCAGGGUUAAGAAGGUUUUUUUUUUUUUUUUUUUUUAAACUAGGAGAACCAAAUCUGGAAGCCAAAAUGUAGGCUUAGUUUGUGUGUUGUCUUGGAGUUUGUCACUCAUGUGUGCAACAGGGUAUGGACUGUCUCUGUCUGGUGGCCCCAUUUUGGGUGGCCUAUUGGUGGGCUGGCCAGUCCCUACUGCCAUGGGGCCACCCCUACUUUUGAGCAGUGGUGCCUGUGACCUUGAGCUCAUGGCCACACUGUGGCUUGUGCUGCCGUGACAUUGGAGGAGCCCGUGUGAAGUGAAUGGUGGAGGCACAUGCUGGGUAUGGAGAAAGGACCUCAGAGUGGGUGAGUGGGUAGCAGUGGCCCAGAGACUCUCUUGCAGACCUUGCCCCUCCUGCCUUGAGCACCCUAUCUGGGGGAUGCUUCCUGUUGAAAGUUGACAAGAGGUGUCUUGGGCACAGCUAACUCUAUGCCUCCAUCAAGGACCAGGUUCACCCUUAGCUCCUGUGGCCCUGCCCUGGGCUGGAAUCAGGAAUGUUUUCCAAAGAGUAAUCGUCUUUUGCUUUGGCAAAACUCUACUUAAUCCAAUGGGUUUUUCCCUGUACAGUAGAUUUUCCAAAUGUAAUAAACUUUAAUAUAAAGUAGCCCUGUGAUCUCUACCGCCUUCUUCUUCUUUCCUCUGUGCUUUGUGUAGACGUGACCAGACUUUUCUGCAAACACCAACGUAUUGGGAAACUUGGCUGGCAUCUCUGUGCCUUCAUUUUUCCCAGGUGGAGGGAUUCUGAGUCCAGAGUCCCUCUGGUUUAUUUGUCUUGUUUUGACUGAAAUUCUUCUGGAGGUUGGUAGGUUCAGCCAAGGCUUUAUAAGGCCCGAUUUCAACUUCUGUGUUGCUGAGCUUGAAACCCCAUCUUCUAAAUGGCUAAAGAAGGUGGGUGGCUCUGCACAGCUUGACCUGAGGCUGCUGGCCCGGAUGGAGAUGUGGAACCGAGGCCUGCCUCACACACACUUUGGACAGCACACUUCCUCUGGGACCAGAGGCCUCCAACCCAGGGCUCCCGGGUACUCCUGCACUUGCUUAUUUAAUUUGACAAUGUUCCAGCGGCUCUGUUGGCCACUCCAAGAGGUGGGCUGGUCUGUGGAUCAGAGACAUACCGCCAAACGGGGGCAACUAUGCCCUUUGUUCAAUACUGGGACUUUCUGCCCGGAGUGUAUGACUGGACAUGGCUUGGGGGGGAGGGGUUUGUGACCAUGCUCAUCUAGUGGUCUGUGGGACGGCGCCCCGGCCUUUGGCUGGGCCCAUUCGUGUAACUGCAAUAAAUGGUACUUGUCAUUUUGGGCAA